UGUAAAAGUUUUAUUUACAUAUUAUAUACUUAACAUGCUUAAUAGAUGAAGAAAGAUUCUGAAGUUAGAGGAAUGGAUUCUUUAUGUGAAAGGUUUGAAAGCUCUAGAUGUGAUUCAUUCAAUUCUAGUGCAGGUUCAGAUGCAGAAUCAUCACAGAGACCAAGGAUAGAAGAAUUUCUUAGUAGAAGAUGGCUUGGUCAGCAUGCUGGAGAACUUCUGCUUGACCUUCAUGCUUUUGUUAAUCCGACAGAAAUGACAACAUUAUCAUUUCCUGGAAUAAUUGUGAACAAAACAGAGGUAAUCCUCACAUUAUUAGAAAUAUCCCGUGAUCAUCUACAGAAGCUUGAAAGUGAUACUGACAAACUUCUAGAUCAAAGGGGGACAAUCUUUUAUUCUAAACCAUUUGACAUUAUGGAUUGUGAAGAUAGAUCUGUUCUGAUUGAUAGUCUUAUUAGGCUAAAUAACAUUGAGAAUCAGAUCAAUAAAUAA